AUGAGUCAACAACCGAACGACCGCAGGGAGAUCAAGACCGAUCGCCAUGGGAUGAGGAGAGAACGAGACGUGCUGCUACUCUAUGGCGCAGCUUUUCGCAAUAUUCCACGCACCGACAAUGUGGAAAGCCAUGUACCUCGGCCAUCCUUGGACUCAACUCUAACAGCCUUGUGUCAACUUACCGCCAUUCGGAUGGGAGCGCAACGGUCCAUGAUAUCACUCCUUGACGAAGAACGACAACACAUACUUGCGGAGGCAACCUGUGAUCUACCUCUGCAACCAGAUGGUUUGGGUGAUGCUUCAAAUACCCUCUGGCUUGGGAACGUAAGCAUUCCGCGAAGUUGGGGCAUAUGCGAAAAGGUCUUGAAAUUGGGUCCAAACGUUGAACCUAUCCUGGUCAUCAGUGAUCUUACCACAGAUCAACGUUCAUGCUUCCGAGAAGAUGUUGAAAGCAAUCCCGAUAUGCGCUUCUACGCCAGUGUCGCAUUGAAGUCCCCAAAUGGUGCGACAGUUGGAACGCUUUGCAUCUUCGACAACAAGAGCCGAGACGGUCUUUCCAAAGAGGAAGCAGAGCUAUUUAAGGACCUUGGUUCCACGGUUGUUAGUUAUCUGAACACAUACACGAUUAGCGACCAGUACAGACGGGGGGAGAGGUUCACACGCGGUCUUGUCUCUUUUGCUGAAGGCGCAUCUGCUUUGGUACCUUUCGAGAGAGAAGUUCGGCAAGACUCGGCAUCGUCUUCACAAACAUCAUCUGAUAUAUCUUCUACAACGGACAAGGAGAUAGUGUCUACAGACGACACCGAAAAGGUACACGAAGGUGUUGAGUUAAACGAGACCACUUCCAAUCAUCCCUUAUCAGCUAUAGCAAAGACAGCUCGUGCUAAAUCCGCCCGGCACCGAUCAAUACGUUCGCUUCAGGACUCUAUCCUGCCCAAUGACUCAAAGUCCAUGUUCUCACGUGCUGCGAACGUAAUUAUGGGCUCGAGCGACCUGGAUGGAGUGCUUAUACUCGACGCGAGCGUUGCGGCGAGCGGUGGACAUCGUCGUGCUAAUAGCGCCUCAGGAAGUGGUACUGAGGCUCCUUCCGAAUCAUACCAAUCCAGGUCCUCCAGCGACGAUGCAAGCUCGAACAGCACUGAGGAACAUCAGCGCAGCUCUUCUUCAUCGAGUUCCAAGAUGUGUCAGCUGCUUGGUGUGGCCACCCCGAGCGACAAAGAGAAUCCCGAGUAUGGGACAUUGUUAGAGCCCGACCUGUCACGUUUGUUCCACGAAUAUCCACAUGGCAAAAUUUUUACAUUCUGCGCCGAAGGUCAUUCUUUGUCCUCUACUGAGGAGUCGACAUCGAACCCUAACGAUACUGGAAAUCUAUCACCUGCUACAUCAUCGAAGCGCAAGACCAACGGCCGGCCACAGCGAGGAUCGACUGCUAUCAAGGCCAUGUUCCCUAAAGCACGCAGUGUCGCUUUUGUUCCCUUUUGGGAUUUCGAGAGGGCUCGAUGGUUUGCUGGUUGCCUAUGUUGGAGCAAUGAUGCGUAUCGAUUGCUGUCCACUUCAGUAGAUUUGGCAUACUUCAAGAUUUUCAGCCAUUCCAUCAUGAGGGAAUUGUCCAGGCUAGAUGCUGUAGCUUUGAACCAGGCUAAAACGACGUUUGUCGCUUCCAUAUCACAUGAACUUCGUUCACCUCUACACGGCAUCCUGGGUACGCUGGAGUUCAUCAAAGACACCCCCCUCGAUUCAUUUCAGACCAGUAUGAUGAACUCUUUGCAUGCUUGUGGUUCAACUCUUCUCGAUACUAUCAACCACGUCAUGGACUAUGCCAAGAUUAGCGAUGCAAAGAAAAGCGUGUCCUCCAAGAGACUGAAAAAUGCGAACACGAUACGACUAUCUUCGAAGCCAUUGAAGAACCGGCGAAGAAAAGAUCCCGCAUUUGAUCUUACCAUCGCAACCGAAGAAGUCGUGGAAGCUGUCUUUUCUGGAUCCUCAUAUAUCCCGGUCACCUCAAAGCUCGUGGAAGCGCCUUCAUCGCCUACGGACGAAUACGCAGUUCCGUUUCCGCAACGCAAAACACGGUUUAUCAUCCUAGAUAUGGCUUUCGAUGAGGACUGGGUCUUUUCAUUUCCGAUUGGGUCUUGGAGAAGAAUAGUAAUGAACUUAUUCGGCAAUGCUAUUAAGUAUACCGACACCGGAUACAUUCAUGUUUCUUUGCGUUCGAGCAAACUAACAGACAACACAAACGCCCCCACUGCAAUCACACUCACCAUCACGGAUACCGGCUCAGGUAUGAGCCCUGGGUUUCUUGCAAAUCGGAUAUUCCAUCCGUUCUCCCAGGAAGAUUCCCACGCGCCGGGUACAGGCUUGGGCUUGAGCAUAGUCCGACAGAUCAUCGACACCAACGGUGGCAAGGUUGAGGUCAGCAGUGAUCCCCAAGUCGGCACCAAACUCAUCGUCAAACUCGCCCUUACCAGACCCGAAGCUCCUGUCUCGUUGACAGCGGAAAGAGCGCAAUACCUGUCUCAUCUACCAAGAUUAAAAGGCCGGAGAAUAUGCAUCCUUCGCAAGAAAAUAGCGGAAGCAAGCGAGAAUACUAGCGUCUCAAAAACAGACGAAGGCCUUCUUCGCUUCACCAAUGCACUAGCCGAUACCCUGGAGACACAACUCAAAAUGCAAGUUGUGAAGACAACCGAGUGGGGAGGUCAUCAUGCAGACAUCGUCAUCUGCCCUGAACUGUCUUUUGAGUAUCUCGCUACGAUUCGCAAACGAAGAGCUCACGGUCAACGCGCCCCAGUAACCGUCUUCGUCGGGAUGGACGCGCUUGAAGCUGCUACCCUCCGUUCUGAUGUCCGUGUGACAAAUCGGGAAUCUGUCGUUGAAAUCAUCACCCAACCUUGUGGCCCUUACAAGCUGGCCUAUGUUCUCAAUCGAUGUCUGGACCGCUUUGAUCAUCCAGCAGAAAACUGGCAGUAUACUGCACCAACUAGCCAGUCACUACAGCCCUUGUCGCAAGAAACCAAGCAGCAUACCUAUCCCUCCUCACCGACCAACUCAUUGCAAAGCACCCUUGAGUCUUUGAAUUCGGACGCGUCUGGACCGGUCGCUUCAUCUACAGCUGGAUCCACUACUGCGCAGCCUUCGGUUACGUCGCCUACUGAAGAAGAGGAUCCUGUGGUAUCCCAUACCCUCAUCGUCGACGACAAUUUGUUGAACCGAAGGCUUCUCAUAGCAUACAUGAAAAAGAACGGACUUCAAUUCGAAGAAGCAUCAAAUGGGCAGGAAGCUUUGGACAAGUAUCGGGAAGGAUCGCGAAAAUUUGAUGUCAUACUGAUGGAUAUGUCCAUGCCAGUCAUGGACGGCAUGAGCGCCACACGUGCCAUUCGCGAACACGAACGAGAUAAUAACAUGCCAAGGUCUUCUAUCGUUGCGCUUACUGGCUUAGUGUCAUCAAGUGCUAAGCUAGAAGCAUGGAGUUCAGGGAUUGACCAUUUCAUGACGAAGCCGGUCAACUUCAAGGCGCUUGGAGAGCUUCUCAAGAACGAUGAGACACGGAGGCAUACGAGGAUGAGAAGUACAGGGAUUAUACGGGAUGCGGCUACUAUAACCUCUGAAGAUGGCCAAGCGACAUGA